AUGUUUACUGCAAGUCCCCGACUCAACCCACCAUUCCGCGCGGAUCACAUUGGUUCGCUCAAGCGGCCUGUUGCUCUCCUCCAGAAACGAAAGGAGUUGGACGAGGGGAAAUGCACUCAGGAGGAACUGCGAGUGGUUGAAGAUGAAGCCAUAAGGAGCAUCAUCAAGAUGCAGGGAGACGUUGGGAUCAAGGCGAUCACGGAUGGCGAAUUCAGGAGACACAUGUUCUAUGAUGGUGUGUUCGACAACCUUGAGGGAAUGAAAUACAUUCCAGUCGUACCAAUUGAGUGGUUUAUGGAUUACGUGCCUGAUGUAGACGCUUUCAAGCAACAUAGCUUCAAGGCUGCCGCGUCUUAUCUGUGCGAGUCCAAGUUGAAGCGUAUCAAACCUUUCUAUGUUGACCAAUAUGAGGCGCUAAAGCAGCUCACGAAGCUGGAGGAGCAUGGCCACAUCAAAAUUACUAUGUGUGCUCCGGAAUGGUUCCACUUGCGCCACGGGCCAUACGCGUACCCCAAAUCUGUUUACAAGAAUGACGAGGAAUACUUUGCGGACAUCAUACAAGCGUAUCGUGAAGAAAUCAAGGACCUUUAUGCCGCAGGGUGCAGAAAUAUCCAGUUCGACGACCCGCUCCUCGCCUUUUUCUGUGACGUGAAGAUGCUCAAGGGCAUGGAAGAGCAGGGCGUUGAUCACGAAGCUCUGCUCAACCUGUACUGCCGUGUAUACCAGGACUUGCUGAGAGGACGGCCCGCGGACAUGACCGUCGGUAUACAUCUGUGUCGAGGGAAUUUCAAGGACGGACGCCACUUCAGUGAGGGUGGAUAUGACCGCAUCGCCAUCAAGCUCUUCCAGGAGAUUCCUGCUGAUACCUACUAUUUGGAGUAUGAGACCGAACGUGCAGGAACCUUUGAGCCACUCCGUUGGCUCCCGCGAAACAAGUCCGUCGUCUUGGGUAUUGUCUCCAGCAAGUUCCCCAAGAUGGAGGACAAAGAAGGCCUGAUCAAGCGAGUGCACGAAGCAGCGGAGGUGAUCGCCAACGGGGAUCAGAAGCGCUCCAAGGAAGAGGCGCUGAACCAGAUCUGUAUCAGCCCGCAGUGUGGGUUUGCGUCGCAUGCGGAGGGAAAUCUUGUGACGGAAGAACAUGUGGUGCGCAAGCUGCAGUUAGUCGUCGACACGGCCAAAGCGAUUUGGCCGGACGCCUAG